ACGGCCGCAGCCCGGGCGCCCCGACGGGAGGGGCUCCGGAUCACUGGGAGGCGGCCGAAGCCCUGCGGCGCCGCCGCCGCUAGCGGCGGCCCCAUGAGUCGGGGGACGAUGUCUCAGCCCGGAGCGUGGCCAGGCGCUAGCUGUGCCGAGAAGCCGGCAUGGGAGGCGGGGGCCGCGGCGCCGGAGGGCGGGAAGUCUGCGGCCGGCGGGCCACCGCGGGUCGCGGUGCGGUGCCCGUCCCAGCACGAGGAGGACAUGUAUCGUGCGGCGGAUGAAAUAGAAAAGGAGAAAGAAUUACUUAUACAUGAAAGAGGGUCAUCAGAACCUAGAUUAAGCGUAGCUCCUGAAAUGGAUAUCAUGGACUACUGCAAAAAAGAAUGGAGGGGAAAUACGCAAAAAGCAACAUGUAUGAAAAAGGGCUACGAGGAGGUGUCUCAGAAAUUCACCUCCAUCAGGCGAGUCCGUGGAGAUAACUACUGUGCACUGAGGGCCACACUGUUCCAGGCCAUGAGUCAGCCAGCGGCGCUGCCCUCCUGGCUGCAGGACCCGGAGCUCACGCUGUUACCAGAAAAGCUCAUAAGCAAAUACAGCUGGAUCAAGCAGUGGAAGCUGGGACUGAAAUUUGAGGGGAAGAGCCAGGACCUGGUGGAUAAAAUUAAGGAGUCCCUCGCUUUACUGAGGAAGAAGUGGGCAAGCCUGGCUGAACUGAGAACUGCGGAAGCAAGGCAGAUGGCUUGUGAUGAACUGUUCACAAAUGAAGAAGAGGAGUACAGCCUCUAUGAAGCUGUAAAGUUCCUAAUGCUGAACAGAGCCAUCGAACUCUAUGAUGAUAAAGAGAAGGGAGAGGAAGUGCCGUUUUUCUCUGUGCUUCUCUUUGCUCGGGAUACGUCGAGUGACCCUGGGCAGCUGCUGCGGAACCAUCUGAACCAGGUGGGGCACACUGGCGGCCUGGAACAGGUCGAGAUGUUCCUCCUGGCUUAUGCUGUGCGCCACACCAUCCAGGUGUAUCGGCUCUCCAAGUAUGGCACUGAGGAGUUCGUCACGGUCUACCCCACCGACCCCCCCCGGGACUGGCCGGUGGUGACCCUGAUCGCCGAGGACGACCGGCACUACAACAUCCCCGUCCGAGUGUGCGAGGAGACCAGCCUGUGAGCUGCGCUUAGCCUGCCUGGCCACGUGGCUGAGGGGCGCAGGCAGCCCCUCGCUGGGGCCUUGGGCCUGCAGGUCCCUGAGCCCGACCUCUGAGGACACCUGGGCCCGUUUAGCCUCACCAGACUGGAAUGUUCUGGGGACUAGCUUUGGCAAAUCAUAAGUAACCGCGAUUUUUAACCCCUCAUCUGUGACACAGUACGUUCCCGUGGGGGCCUUCAGAGCACACCUGUUAAAAGGUGCAAACUACACCUCCUCCAUAAAACAGAUACUUUUAUAUCAGAGGAGUCGCAUCCUGGACAGAAAAGUGUCCAAAGCGCGCUCUCAUAGUAAACUGGCUUUCAAUUUUUUUUUUUAAAAAGGUGGUAACUUUUGUUCUGGUGGUCACGGCGUCUGCGGUGCCCUUUCUCUACAUCUAUGCAAUUGGUUUACGCGGUAGAAGUCGGGCAGAGCCUGCCAACAGCCCAGCAUCCUCUGCUAGUCUCACCCAGCAAUGGUUUGAAUCCACAUGUUAAUUAAAGCUCUUGUAAGCUGAGUGUCUAAUAGAAGAAUCAACUGGGUCCAAAAGCGAGCUGCUUAAAGGCUGGAGACGGGGUUGCAGGAGGAAGCAGCGGCCCCAGGACUCUGUUGCUCUGCCAAGACGUGCCAGGCGCCUGUGGUUUCGGACACCCUGGCUCGGGAGCCUGGUAUGGGGGUGGGUGGUCAGCAGGAAAGCCCCUGGGAUCAGGGGCUGUUCCUUCAUCUGCAGUUCCACAGAUUCACCAUCGUCUAGUCAGAGUCAAGCUUAGACCCGUGUGCGUUUUUAGCGGAAGCCAAGGCCAGUUAAUGAGUUUCUGGAGAGUGCUUCCAUUGCCAGGUUCCUGUCCCGCAUCUGUUGGGGGGGAUGAGUUAGCAGCAGAGGGUCUCCGGUUUUCAUGAGUAAGUUUUCAGUACAAGAACAUGCUUAACACUGACUGCAGAAGCAUGGCCGAGCUGCACCCUUGGUUGAGUUUGGGAUGCCCAGGGGAGGCAGCAUUCUGGCCACGAAUGGUGGCCUUGCCUAGUCAGUCACAGGCUAGGGUGGUGCCUGAGAGGCAGGGGUCGGCUCGGGCAGCCCAGUAGAGCCUUGUCUGCAUCAGGGCCCGAAUCCCUGUGGUGUGUGGACACCUCACUCUUUCAGACUAUCAG